AAAAAACUGUUCAACUGUACACAAUUAUUAUUCUGUUUAUGUUCAGGUCCAAUGAUAUUUGAGCAGAUUAGGUUCAUAUAGAGGCUGGGAUUAACCUCCACCCGUACGAUAAUCCGUGUCAGCAUAUUUCUUUGACACGUAGCUACACAAUAGAGAUGUUCCUUAAUUCGUUUCGAGAUUUUCUGUUUGGUUUACAGUUUUCUUCUUGAACUUGGGCACCUUGCAGCUCCCUGUCCGGUCUGCCACGACACUGACAGAUUCCUGGGCUGGACCGCCUUGGAUAAGCAUCCUAUGGUAUUUUGUUCAAGAUGGCGGUGGCGAGCAUGGAAAAGGACGCGAUAAACACCGAAGAUGAUCUUCACCUAAAUAAUUCGUUUGGAGAUUCUGGGCUUAUCUCCCCUGAUAAAGAAGACAUCUCUCGUAUUCUGACAGUUCCUUUCAGUGGACGGAUCAGAGGUGGGAUGAGGCCUGGGAAGAAAAUCAUUAUAAUGGGCAUCAUUGAUCCAGAGCCAGACAGCUUUGUCAUCAGUUUGACAUGUGGCCACAGUGAUGAGAAAUACGAUGAAGAGCUCAGUGAUGUGGCCCUUAAACUCAGUGCACGAUUCAACGAAAGACAGUUCCUGAGGAAUGCACGGCUUUCUGGGAAGUGGAGUGAGGAAGAGGCACCCAUAGCUUACUUCCCCUUCAUCCCGGACCAGCCUUUUAGGAUUGAGAUCCAUUGUGAGCACCAGCGUUUUAGGAUCUUUGUGGAUGGACACCAGCUGUUUGACUUUUAUCACAAAGUAAAGUCUUUAUCUGCCAUUAAUAUGAUCCGGAUAGUUGGGAGUCUUCAUAUCACCAAGCUGGGCUAACCAAGCACACCUGAGCACGCGCCAGAAAGGACUUCUCACAGGUGACCAUCUGCACCUGUGCGCUUGCCACAGCUCUCACAAAGACAUCAACAACAUCUGCAUUUUCACUUCUCUUUUGCCCUCUAACCUAACAUCGUGAUGAUUUCUGAGUAUUGUAUCAUAACCUGUUGGUGAAUGGUUGCAAUAUCAGAUGUGUGUUUUCCAGUAUCUUUGCUUCAUACUGUAGCAUAUUUGUUCAGCUUCAAAAGAAAUUCAGGGAUUGCACACUUUGAUAUGCACUCUGUGGCAGUAACAUACGCCUCUGGGGUUUAGCUGCUCGCCAUAGACACUGCCAAUGUACUUGUGCUUGUAGUCUAGCAGUGUAGUUUCAAAAUGAUCCAAAACUCAGGAAAUCAGAUAGAUCAGUUAAUUAUAUUUCAUUUCAUUCUGAUGACAAAUUUACUUUAAAUUAUUAUAAGAUACUCUAAAAUGUGUUGGCUGCUAAAAUAUAGGAGCUCAGAUUCAGCAUUUGUCAUUCCACGUUUGUUUGAUUUGCAUUAUUUAAUCUUAAUAAUUUAAAAUAUUUUGGAAGGAAGAUGUUAUUUUCCUUUCCUGUGUCUGUUCAUUGCAACUUCAUUUUUGGGAGAUAGAUAUGUUACACUGAAAUAUUAGAGAAUGUAGGUUUGCCCCUUAAUAGUCGACAAACUGUUAGUUGACAAGAAGAGGCGUGGUCGAUCAAAAACGUAUUAGUCACAGAAAAAAAAAAACAAUCCAAAGGAAGUUGAAAAGUCACGUAGUCCGUGAUGUACAGAUUAUUAACAGCUGGUCUUAGUGGUAUUUGCGGUACAUCAGUCAAGAUAUCCAAACCUUUUUUUGUUCAUCAAAUUCAAAUGUGGCUUAUCAUCUGAAACAUGUAAGGAGCAGCAACAUGGCUGCUUUCUCUAACAUUAACCUAGAAAAAUGUGUGCUAUUCAAGUGUUUAUGUGUAGUGUGGAAGAAGCAUGCUCACUAGAUGACCGUUAACUUGGAGGCACCCGUGUGAUCAUUUGCAUUUAACUUAAAAUACUAUAAUUUUCUAACGGAGUAAUACAUCUUUUUGUGUGCACUCACAAUGACAAAGACAAUUGUGCUUUUGUAAAAUAAUGAAAGCAAACAUUACGUUUUCUGCUAUCUAGGGCUCUGUGAACUUGAGGAUGUCAAAAACAGUUAGCCAAAACUCCACAAUAUAUCUAGUGAAAUGUUAAAUGGUCCAAAUCAAAUGGGAAACAAAUAAUUUCAGAUUGUGGAAUCACUGCAGCCGAAAAUACAGAAAACACUUGUUUAUCAAUGAAUUAUUAUAAUGUUAAGGCAAUUGUCUGGGGUUUUUUUUAAUACAAUUUUUCUUGACGCAUUCAUAAUUUUUCUGCCGGUGUGCUGUGGCAAGUUUUAUAUGUUUUAUUUUAUACGCUUCAGUGCUAAUAGUCUAUAGGCAAUUAAAGGCUCAUAUUAAUUAUGAAUUAUAUGGUUCUAUUAAAUAAACGUGCAGUUGAUUAGUCGACUAAUUGCUAAAAAUGAAUGACUGCUAGUCGAAUAGAAAAAUCUUUAGUCGAGGGCAGCCAUAGUAGAAUGUCACAUGAGGAUUAUUUAAUUCAAGGUAGAAGACUUUAUUUUUAGAAAUUUGAUCAUCCAGUUAUUCUCUUACACACCUGCACAAUAUUUAAUUACAAGAGUAUAAUGUUAAAUUCUUGGCAACUAAACCAACAAAUUAUUGCUUUUGGACACUUCCAGUGUUUUCUGUGAGGAAUGACUUCAGUGAUGCAGUUUUGCAAAAAAAUAACUCCGCUUAUGUUUACGCUUUAUUAUAGACUUCGUAAAAAAAAAAAAAAAAAAAAAAAAAAAAAAUUAAGGAGCAGAUAUAACAGGGCUGAAUUUUUUCUUGAAUGUGAGGUCAUCCACUGAUAGGCUUCGUAAAAGCUUAGCUGUGGGUGUAAAUGAGUGUGUGUCUUCAGUCUUAAAAAAAAUAAAUAAAUUAUUCUCUCCUUCUUCCUCGUACUUCUAAUGUCACUCCUCUAAAUAUAUAAACAUAAUAUGAAUGGUCAGCGUAUUUCCUGUAUUCAGCAGUGCUUUUUGCUCUGAACCUUUGCCCUGUAAACCCAAAAUGCUGUCCACUCGGUUGUUUUCUGCUCAACUUCCACUUGUAGGAUUGGAUUAGUAUGAUAACAGUGAUUAUUAUUGCUACUUAUUAUAUUACAAUAUUCGAAAAACACCUCUUGAUUUGCAUUCAUUUGCAUGACAUGUAUAUUAUAUUACAUGUAUAUUACCAUUCAAAAGUUUGGGGUCUAUAAGAUUUUUUAGUUUUUUUUUUAGUUUUUGAAAGGAGUCUCUUAUGCUCAAAAAGACUGCAUUUAUUUCAUGGUAACUGCAGUAAAAGCAAUAAUGUUGUUUGUGUGAAAUAUUAUUUCCAUUUAAAUUUACUUUACAUUUGCGAGCUGAAUUUUCACUCUGGCCUUCAGUGUCAUGUGAUCCUUCAGAAAUCAUUCUGGUUUGCUGAUUUGAUGCUCAAGGAACAUUUCUUAUCAAUGCUGAGAACAUCUGUGCUUAAUAUUUUUGUGGAAACUGUGAUAUUAAUUGGUAUUAAUUUCUUUUAAAAAAAAUUACUGACCCAAAACUUUUGAACGGUGGUGAAUGUAGUACUACGGUCACAUAAAUUCUCGUUGAUGAAUGUGCCAUGUGUUGUAGUGAAAGGGUCAGCAAUGCUUCUCAGUAGUCAGUAUUACUGUAUAUUCAGUAUUAUGGCAAUUGGCUAAUAUGGCUAAUAUUUUCUAACAUUAUACUUCGUCUGUGUCCUGGAACUCAUGGAAAUAGAGGCAGUGAUGAAUGAAAUUGAAGGGCUGCUGUUUUUGUCUGCUUUACUGGACGAUCUACUUGACUGAAUUCCAUGUGAUGGAAUAAUGCUAUUAUACACCAGAGUACUUAACACCAGCCAAAAACAUUUGCCCACAUCAGCGUCUGGCCAACAUUGAAGUCAGAGGAUUUACUGAGUUCAAUAGAGAGCUUGUAUUAAAGAUCCUCACUCUGUUGAGAAGGUACUCCUGAUGGAAAACUCCAGCUAAAUAAAGUAUUGUACAUUUAAUUUGAAAUAGGUCAUUUUAAUGCUGAUUUACCUCUGCAUUUUUUUGUCUCUCAAACUCGUGCAGACAUUGUUUAAAUGAUAUUUGUAUGGCAGCACAAGCAAUAUGGUCCCAUCUGACAUGUGGAAAAAUGCACUUUGAUAUGACAUACUUAGCAACUGAAAUAUGGUCAUCUGGUCCAAUGUGAUACACUUAAUAGUAUUGCUAUUUAACUGCUUAAUUGGUGAGUUGUGAGCUUCAUUCUGUCUGGUGUGGUUUUAAAGUUUAAAUGUUGACCAUUUUGAACAUCAUUUAGUCUCUAAACAUUAAGUGUGUGAAAUUACACCUAGAUAACUGAAAAAUGGGGAGGGAGAAUCUGUAUUUAAUAAAAAUAACAUGUCAAUAGUGUUGACUGUGCUUUAAGAAACCUAAGUAUAAUAAUAGAUUUUGUUAAAGUAUUUGGCAGACGCUGUUAUCCGAAGUGACUUACAGUUCGCUGAAUUUUUAACAAAAUCUUUUGUUAAACUCUUCUCCCUAUGAUCUUACUAAUAUUCCUGAGUACUGAUACCAGUUCUGAUGCUUCCAUCUUUAUUCCUGUUUCUUGUCUUGUAUCUCAAAAUUACCAAUCUUUCAAACUAGUUCACAUUCAUGAGGGCUGAAAAUGAAUGUCCUGGUUGUAAACUAUUGUUAUGAAGCCUUCAAACUUUGGAUGUACAUAUACUAAAUAAGCCUCUGUUUGAUUGUUUGAUUAUCUGUUUGAUAAUUUUUUUUUUUUUAUAUAUAUAUGUAUCCUUUUGCUACUGCAAUAAUGUCUUAACACUAAAGAGAGUGUUAGUAUGGUGUAUGUGAUAUUUAUUCUGAGUUUACAAUGGUUAACAGUUCAUCAACAUUUUAGUUGAUUUCUUUAGACUAUAGGUAGCAUGGUACAUGUUUGUUUUUUCCUUUUUGGAUGUUCAGAGCUUUGAUUUAAGAGCUUAAUAUGUCAGUUCUUUUAUAUAAAGAAAUCAUUUCAGACUUGUUUAUGUAUUUCUAAAGUGGCUGAUUAUUUAGAGGUAGUUUGUAUUGUUGGAUGUAGUUGCACAAUCUUUUUCAUGGAUUAAAACCUGCAGAGGUAUUUAUUAUUGUAACUUGGUAUUUAUCAGAAAUGUGCCUAUUUAAAUGUGGCGUUGGUGUUUGGGAUAUAAAAUGUUAUUCUUACUAAUAAUUUAUACAAACAGAGAUACAAAUUUUGACUUGCCCUUUAUUGAUUGAUUGAUUUUGUAAUGCAUACUUAAUGUGUGGUUGAAGCAAGUGCUGCUAUUGACUCUAAAUCAAUAAAAACAAUUUGCUAAGGUAUGAAAAGUUAGUCAUCCAGAAUUCCCUGUAAAAUACUUCAGUAUAUAUAGUACAACUAAAGAGUAGCAUUUGGGUGAAAAAAGUGAAUAUACCAAUGAAAAUGUGCAUUACAAAUAUCUAAAAGUACACUUGUGGUAAUUAUGUUGUGACUUCUGUCAACAGGAUAAACAUAAGCUAAUGUCAACGCAUUGUGUUUUUUAUUUUAAAGGCAAGAUUUGGUUAUUUUGUGAAUUCUGUAACCUCCAUGAAUAUCGGUGCUUUUCUAAUAGAUUUGCAAACCAAUAAAUGAACAGACUUUGAAGUCA